CGCAGGCGGCGGAAAGAGAGAUCUGGAGCAAAAGCGGAAGUUGAGAUUUAAAGCAGCAUGGCUCCGGGAGGAAAGAUUAAUCGACCGAAGACGGACCUACAGAAGAAUUUGUUUAAGCGGCGGCGUGUUUUAAAGCGUGAGAAAAGCAAGAAGCAUAAAGUGAUUGGAGCUGUGGUGGACAAAGAACUAAUAACAUUAAAUCACCUCCGGAAGAGAUCAUCCAGCACAAGAGCCAACAUCACUCUCUCUGGGAAGAAGAAGAGAAAACUUCUCAAACAGAUACAGCAUCUUCAGAGAGAAAGUGAAAAGAUGGAUGUGGAAUUAGUUGCAAGACCUAACAAGCGGAGCAAUGUAAUGGAACGACAGAGUGGCAGCAGCAAACAAGAAAAUAAACCUGGAAAAAAAGCACAGGACAUUGAGAUGGAAGAUGUAAUUAAUCCUCUUUUGCAGGGAUCUAACUGAUUUAUUCCCCCAUACACCAGUAUCUUGGGCAUUACCAUUGCGUGUUAUUUUUUAUCACACACACA